AUGACUAUGACACAACGUCAAAAAAUAAUUGAAGAAAUCUAUACUACUGAAGAAUUUUAUAUUCAAUCAAUGGAAUAUUGUUUAAAUUUCUUUUGUAAAGAAAUGAAAAGUGAAAAAAAUCAAUCUAUUAUUCCAUCAGAAGAUGUUGAUAUUAUCUUUGAACACUAUGAUGAAGUAUUAAACAUAAACAAAAAUUUCUUUUUGGCUUUAAAAAAGUUACAGGAUACUCACAAAAUUGAAACUCAUCUUGGUCAAACUUUUAAAUUAUUUACCCCUUUUUUUAAGGUAUAUUUUCUUUAUAUAUCUCAUUAUGAUGACUCAAAUCAAGUUUUAACAGAAUAUGAAAAGAAUCCAAAGUUUAAUGAAUUAUUAGCUUCAUUACAAGCACAAAUUCCAACAACAACUAAUCUUGAUUUGAGAAGUUACCUUAUCAUGCCUGUACAAAGAUUACCUAGGUAUGAACUAUUACUGAAAGAUUUAUUGAAAAAUACAAAAUCUGACCAUCCUGAUUAUGCUGCACUUACUGAAUCUCUUAAUGGAAUUAGAGCUGUUACUAUGGAAGUUAAUGAACGUACAAAAGAUAUUGAUAGAAGAGCUAAAGUAAUUAAGGUAAAUUCAAUGCUCUCUGGAUUACAUGACCUUCAACUAGUAGAACCAGAUAGAACAUUAAUCAUGGAAGGACAAUUAAUUAAAGUGUGUAAGAAGAGUAAUAAACCUCGUUACUUUUACUUAUUUGAUGAUGUUAUGGUCUAUGGAAUUGGAAAUCAACGAAUUACUGUGAGUGGAUGGUUUUAUCUAAAGAAUGUAUAUUUAGAAAACGAUUCUCGUUUUGAAAAUAGUUUUAAAAUCAACAACGAUAAAAAGAGUUUUUCUGUAAUUUGUGAAACUUCUAAACAAAAGAAAGAUUGGUAUGAUGCUUUGACAAAAUAUUCUGAAUUACAACGAAAGAACUCUGCUAUAGAAAACACUUUGCAACCAAAAACUACAAUUAUUCUUGACAAUGAACCAAAGAACUGUUUAUUAUGCAAACAACAAUUUACCUUUGUUAAUAGAAAACAUCACUGUAGACUUUGUGGAAGAUGUGUUUGUAGUAAUUGCAGUAAAGCAAAGAUUCCAUUGAAUUCAAAAGGAGAGAUAGACCGUGUUUGUAAUUUAUGUUUCAGUAAAGCAACAGGUAAAAAAUUGGAUGAUGGAUUUAUUAAUCAAAAGAAACUAAUUAGAAGAGAAGGUAAAAGAAGUAAUUCAGUUGGUAAUCCAGAAGAGAUAUUUGAUGGGCUUAGUGUUAUUCUCAAUCCAGAUAUUCAAAGAACACAAACGGCAAAUAUUUUGAAUAAUGUUGAAAAUAGUAAAAGUCCAUUAGGAAGAAGUAUUAGUAGAAAAGAAAAAUUUAAAAAUCAAAAAAAAGGAGAAAGUAUGAAAGACUUAACUUUUUGUCAACUCAUGGAGGGUAUGUCUUCAUCAUCAAAUCCUGCAAACAAGACUCCUGAGUGUAAAAAUGGUUCAGGUAAUAGUCUUGUAUAUUUUGACUUUGUACAACAAAACCAACCUAGUCAAACUCCUGUCGAUUGCCAUUUUUCUGAUCUUGGAAUUGCUAAUUAUCCUAACAGCUAUAAAGGUAGUAAUAAUGAUACUACUAUUAAAAAGCAACCUGAAACUCUUCAACAGACUUGGAUCCAACCAAUAUCAAGUAUUCAAUACCGAGAUGCAUUGAAUUCCUUUGACUUUUCUAAUAAUAAUGAUUUUACUGAAUUUCAAAGUCAACCUGUUAAUAAACAAAUCAAUGGAGAUGACAAGAAAGACAUGUUUAAUGGAUUAGUAAAUAUUCCAGUUACUUAUUCAGGAACUAGUCACCAAAAUUAUUCAAUAAAUCCUGGAUAUUCCAAGAAAGAAUUAGGAGUUUCAUCAAAACCAUUUAAACAAAAUGAAAUAAAUACUAUACCUAUGAAACACAUGACUGGUGAUAAAGAAAUUAAAAAACAACAACAAAAAUUACCAAUACCUAUUUGUAUUACAGAGUCUUCUCAAAGCAAUCCAAAUAAUAACCCCAAGAAAGAUAAUGCACUAAAUGAGUUAGAGGCAUUAAUGAAUGACUAUUUUAAAUCUAAACCCCAACAACUAAAUCCUACUCAAAAAAUAAAUGAACCGACUUUUGAUAGAACAAAAGGAAUAACUAUAGUUGGUGGUUCACAUUAA